AUGGACGACGAAUACGGCGCCGAUGACGCCCUCCUUGCGGCCAUGGCCGCCACAGAUACAGCCCAGCCUGCUCGCAGGGCUGUUCAGCAACCGACGCCCCAGAGAAUUCAACAACCGACACCGCAACGUAUGGACAAGGCACCGCCAAGCAAGACGUCCGGAAGCAAGAUUGUACAACCAACCCCACAGGCUCUUCCACAGAAACAUACGGGCGGAUCGGCUAUAUUGGUGUCUCCUCGUCAACGAGGAAACCCUGUGCUCACAUGUAUACGGUCGAUGCCAUGGGAAUAUAGCGAUAUACCAGCUGAUUAUGUCAUGGGUUUGACCACCUGUGCCCUCUUUUUAAGUCUCAAGUAUCACCGACUCCACCCCGAAUACAUCUAUACACGCAUACGGAAUCUGCAGGGCAAAUAUAAUCUGCGUAUUCUGCUCACCAUGGUGGACAUACCUAAUCAUGAAGAUUCGCUGCGAGAACUCUCGAAAACGUCACUCGUGAACAAUGUCACUAUUAUCUUGUGCUGGUCCGCUGCCGAAGCAGGAAGGUACUUGGAGUUGUACAAGUCAUACGAGAAUGCAAGCUUCGCCGCCAUCCGCGGACAACAAGCCUCGAGUUACGCCGAUAAAUUGGUUGACUUUGUGACUGUACCUCGAAGCCUCAAUAAAUCAGAUGCAGUGGCACUUGUUGCCAAUUUUGGCAGCUUAAAAAACGCCAUCAAUGCCGACCAGGAACAACUUGGAAUGAUUAGUGGAUGGGGAGGCAUCAAGGUGAAAAGAUGGUCUGCAGCAAUCGAGGAGCCGUUCCGAGCGAAGAAGGCGGCCAAGCGUGGCUUGCAGAAAUCUAAGCCGGGAUACCAACAUGAAAACGCCGGUGCAGGCGGUCAGGACGCGGAACGCCUCUCACGGUUGGAACAGGCCGUGCCUCUCUCGAGAAUGCCUCUCAGAGAUAUGCCUGCCGUGGGCACUGAUUCGGGUGCAUCGUCCGCCAAGGGGACGCCAGGUCAGGGCACACCUAGCGCAUCUGCCCCGAAGCAGUUCCAGUUCCUGGAUGACGAGGACGACGACGAUGAUGAUGGCGAUGCUGAAGCAGCUCUUUUGACGGCUGCCACGGAAGAAUCCAAGAAGGCAUCACAACAAACCGGAGGACCUUCUAAUUCAGACCGUGCAGCCGGCCGGGAGCAGAAUAGCGAUGGGCUCACUGGCGGUGUUGCAGCUGCACUUGCCAAACUCCGCGAGAGUGGUUGA